CGCACAGACCCACCUUGGGUAAAUAACUACAGCCCCCACAAUUCUCCGAGCAAACAGCGUUCAGUUAUUUGCGGUGCGCUCCACUUGACAGUGGCUUGCCUGCAGCAAGUGUUAACAAGCGAUACGAUUGUGUACAAUGAGGAUAGACUGAACACAACAAAAUUGCGCCCGCGUGAACAAUGAACGAAUUAGAGAACUAGCAGAAUGGCUGUUGAAGCUGUCCACUGCAACCUGAGCCAGAACGGCAUCGACCACCAGGUGUGCUCGGAGGACAUCACCUCUCAGUUGGAGGAGGAGCCUAUCGAGCAGGAGAGCCUGGGAUUGGACGAGGAGAGUAGUCCCACCUUUCCUGAGCGGAGUCCAGCGUUCCAGCGGCGGUCCCCACCCCAGCGGUCUGUCUCAGAAUCAGAACUCUCUAAGCCAGGAAAUGUGAAGCUCUCCAAGCCGGUGGCCCUGUGGACGCAGCAGGACGUGUGCAAGUGGUUGAAGAAGCACUGCCCCAACCAGCACCAGAUCUACAGCGACUCCUUCAAGCAGCACGACAUCACCGGCCGCGCUCUGAUGAGGCUGACGGACAGGAAGCUGGAACGGAUGGGCAUCAUGCAGGAGGCCCAGAGGCAGCACAUCCUUCAGCAGGUCCUGCAGCUGCGCGUGCGUGAGGAGGUCCGCACCCUACAGCUACUCACACAAGCUUCCCUGGAGAGUUCUCUGGGUGCUCCUCCGGAGAACCCCUGGACCCCAGUCCUCCUGAGAACCCUGGACCACCACCCACCCCCAACCUGGGUAUGUGGACCUGCCCUACCACAGGGGGCGCCAUCACCGUCGAACCUCACAUCCCCUCACACCUUACCCUGCCUGUAA